CUGUGAUUACGCCAGCGAUGGAUCAUCCGAUGUCAAUGCAGCCAGCAAACAUGAUGGGCCCCCUGACACAGCAGAUGAACCACCUUUCGUUGGGUACCACAGGAACGAUUCAGUCCCAAGACAGGAUUAUGAUACUCCACCAGCUGUUGUGUCAGUACAUGACUGCCGCGGCUCCUAUGCAAGGGACCUACAUCCCCCAGUACACGCCUGUGCCUCCGACAGCUGUUUCCAUUGAAGGUGUUGUGGCUGAUACCUCUCCCCAGACAGUGGCACCUUCGUCCCAGGACACGAGUGGUCAGCAGCAGCAGAUAGCAGUGGACACAGCCAGCGAGCAUGCAUCUGCAUAUUCCUACCAACAGUCCAAGUAAGUCCUGGCCGUGCUAAACUCUGUCCCUCCAGAUCUGCCAUCUGGACUUCACCCUCUCAUGUGGCAUCU